AGUCGGUUUAUUGUAUGUAGACAACCCCCUGAUCAGUUGGCGGCAACGGGCUAAAGGAGCCAUUUCUUACGAGGCAGCACAAUGGGUGUUCACGGUUUGUGGGAACUUUUGGCGCCAGUCGGCCGCCGGGUCUCCGUCGAAACCCUAGUCGGCAAAAGGCUCGCAAUCGAUGCGAGCAUAUGGAUGAUACAGUUCAUGAAGGCGAUGCGAGAGGAGAAGGGGGAUAUGGUGCGGAAUGCUCACCUGCUUGGCUUUUUUCGUAGAAUUUGCAAGCUGCUCUACCUCCGCACCAAACCAGUUUUUGUGUUCGACGGAGGCACGCCGGCUCUCAAGCGUAGAACAGUGAUUGCUCGCCGCCGCCAGCGAGAGAAUGCUCAGGCUAAGAUUCGUAAGACUGCAGAGAAAUUACUCCUCAAUCACCUCAAGGCAAUGAGGUUGAAAGAACUGUCUGCAGACUUGGAUAACCAGAGGAAAAAGAAUGAUUCGAAGGGUAAAAGUGUUGUUGGCAAGGAGAUGGAUACCGUGCAAGAAAUUUCAGGAAACAAGGUUUCUGCAAAUAUCGAGAAACAACAUAACAUGACUGAUACAAAGGGGAAAAAUGUCGUUUGUGAGGAAUCUGAUGCAUUGAAGAACACUCCACGAUCAAAUGGCUUUGCUUCAGACAGUUACAUUAAUCAGAAAGAAGUUGAUGAAAUGCUGGCAGCAUCCAUGGCGGCAGAGGAAGAUGAAAGCUUCUUCCCUAAUGCAUCAACAUCUGGUGCUGGUGACGACAGUGAUGAAGAUGAGAAGAUGAUACUUCCAGAAAUGCAUGGAAAAAUUGAUCCUUCUGUUUUAGCAUCUUUGCCUCCAUCUAUGCAACUCGAUCUCCUUGUUCAGAUGAGAGAGAGAUUAAUGGCUGCAAAUAGGCAAAAGUAUCAAAAGGUGAAGAAGGCACCAGAGAAGUUUUCAGAAUUGCAAAUACAGGCUUACCUUAAAACAGUUGCCUUCCGCCGUGAGAUAGAUGAAGUGCAAAAAUCUGCUUCCGGGAAGGGAAUAGGGGGUGUAAAGAUCUCACGUAUUGCAUCUGAGGCCAAUAGAGAAUUUAUUUUCUCGUCAUCAUUUACAGGAAACAAACAAGUCCUUACAUCCGCUGGAGAAAACCAAAAUAAGAAUGAACUAUUUGAAACACGAAGUUCAAACAAUUCAGCAACUAUGGUCAAUGAUAUUGCUGUUCAGAAAUCUAGUGUGGCACUAGAAUCUUUCCUUUCAGAGCCUGAAGGGAUAACUCAUGAUGAUGUGGAAACAUAUUUGGAUGAGAGGGGGCGGGUCAGAGUCAGCAGAGUGAGAGCCAUGGGAAUCCGUAUGACUCGCGAUCUGCAAAGGAACCUCGACUUGAUGAAAGAGAUUGAGAAGGAGAAGGUGGUACAAAAUGAAGAUGCUUGUAACUUACCUACGUUUUCCACAGUUAGCAGCAAUGCUACUACUGCACAUGAAGAGAUCCAGAAUUUGAAUGAUUCUGACACAGACCAUGGGAUGACCUGUAAUGAGGUCGAAAAUGUAGCAUCUCUUUUAAAAAGUGGGACUUCGCUUGAGAUAUCUUUUGAAGAGAAAAAAGAGCAUAACCGUGGUGGUGAUGAUGAUGAUCUAUUUGCUAGUUUAGUGGGAGGUAAUCCAAUAUUAGACUUUUCUGUAAGCAAUUCCCUUGCUGAGAAACAAUCCGUGGAUUAUACUUCAGAUGUUGAGUGGGAGGAAGGAGACACCCUUGAGAAAUUUGGGAUGCUAAGUAGUGACUUUCCCGGGGGGAAUGAAAUUGCUCUGUCAGAUGGUGUGUUGAAUGAUGAGAGUGAAGUUGAGUGGGAGGAAGGAUCUCUAGAUAUGCAUAAGGGUGGAUUAUCCUGCCCAUCUGGUGGGAGGAAUGGUUCUAAAGGUCACUUGGACGAAGAAGCUGAUUUUCAAGAAGCAAUAAGAAGAAGUCUCCAGGAUUUAAAACAGCGAAGGUCAGUUGAAGAAUCAUCUACAAGUGAUGCAUUCAAAAGAGUCAAUGGAGAAGGUACCAUGGAGACAAUUACUGAGCUAGAUUGGCGUGGAAAAAAUUGUUCCAAUGAUAAGAGUUCAGAACUUAAAGUUCUUCAUCAGCCAGAAGGACUUUCCAAAUCUGUUAGAUAUUUGAAGACAAACAAUGCCAUAGAUAGGGUUGAAACCAUAGAGGUCGAUAAUUCAUCAAAUACCCAAUUGGGCCCAAAAUGUAGAGAUAAUCAGACUCAGGGGAUGAUAUCGAAUUGGAAAGCACACUCUGACAUUGCAGAUACCAAUAACUGUUUAAAGACUCAGCCAAAAAGACCAGUUAUAGAUAAUCUGGUGCAAGGGGAAAUAUUGACUCGGAGAAUAGAUGCCGAGUCUGAAUUACAAGAUCUUGGUGGAAGUGGAAAUUUGAAACCAAAACUUACUGUGGAAAGUGGGACUGAUGUAGAAGAAACAGGGGAGCAUAUGAUUGAAGUGCAGACUUUGAAAACCAUCCCUGAGGUGGUGAAUGAAAGCUGUAGUUAUUCUGGUGUUUCGAAUAUGUUUGCAAGUCCAUCACCCAGAUCACCUAAUUUAAAUAUUUCAUGUGCUCAAGAAAAGAGGUUCCAAGCAGUAUCAGAUCAUAUAGGCAACUUUGAAGCGGGGAAAACAUCUCUACCGAUUAGUGACACUUGCAGUGCACAAAGACUAGAUGGGGAACAAAUACAUGAUGAAAUGGCAGGAAAGAGAGAGGAGCUCUUGGGUACCGCUGUUGAUGGGAAUAUCCAUAAGGGUCAUGUAGAAUUUGCACCUGAAAGUUUGGAAGAAGAGAUGAUUGCAUUAGGGGAGGAGCGUAAAGAAUUGGUAGAUGAGCAGAGGAGGCUUGAGCGCAAUGCAGAAUCUGUAACUAGUGAAAUGUUUGCAGAGUGCCAGGAAUUGCUUCAAAUAUUUGGCUUACCGUAUAUUAUUGCACCCAUGGAGGCUGAGGCUCAGUGUGCUUAUAUGGAACUUGUUGACCUGGUAGAUGGUGUGGUCACUGAUGACUCUGAUGCAUUCUUGUUUGGUGCUCGAUGCGUGUACAAAAAUAUAUUUGAUGAUCGCAAAUAUGUUGAGACGUAUUUAAUGAAGGACAUCGAAAAUGAGCUUGGAUUAGAUCGAGAGAAAUUAAUCCGUAUGGCUUUGCUGCUUGGAAGUGACUAUACUGAAGGUGUGAGUGGGAUUGGUAUUGUCAAUGCUAUUGAGGUUGUAAAUGCAUUUCCCGGGGAAGAUGGUCUUCGGAAGUUUCGGGAGUGGGUUGAGUCUCCUGAUCCUACCAUUUUAAAUAAGGUUGAUGUCCAAGGAGGAUACAGCUCUAGCAAUAUUCUGCAGCCUGUUGAUGGUGAAAAGAUAAAGCAGACUUUCAUGAAUAAACAUAGAAAUGUUAGCAAGAAUUGGCACAUUCCCUCAUCUUUUCCAAGUGAUGCCGUAGUUUCAGCUUAUGACACUCCACAAGUUGAUAGGUCUAAAGAGGUCUUCUCUUGGGGAAAACCAGAUGUAUCUGUACUUCGCAAGUUAUGUUGGGAGAAGUUUGGAUGGACCAUCCAGAAGACAGAUGAGUUGAUAACACCUGUACUGAGGGAGUACAAUAAACAUGAGACACAACUUCGCUUGGAAGCAUUCUAUGCUUUCAAUGAAAGAUUUGCAAAAAUACGCAGUGCAAGGAUAAAGAAGGCAGUGAAGGGUAUGACAGGCAACCACUCAUUGGAAUUGUUUGAUGAUGCUGCAGAAGAUACACCUGCAAGGAGAAGGAAGCAAAAAGUGAAACCUAAUGUUAAUGAGAAGAGGACUAUAUUAGAAAGUGGUUCGAUGGGAGCAGAUUCAGGUGAUGAUGAGAUUAAGAAUGCAAAAAAUUCAUCUGCAAAGAAGCCAAGAAAAAGGAAGGGAGAUCUUUUACAGAGUGAAGGGGCAGCUAGAAGAUCGGGAGGCAGUGAAGAAUCAAAUGCUAGGCAAAGACUCAAACGAGGCAAGAGAAGUCUCUCUCUUCAGAAGGGACGGAAGAGUAAGAGUUCUUGUUCGAGAUCUAAAGAAACCAGUUCUGCUGAUGAAACUAGCAGUGAUGGGGAGCAAGAGAUUGAUAUUGAGAAGGUUGAAGCAUCACACACAAGAAGGUCAGGGAGGCCACGGAAAAUUGUGAGUUAUGCUGAUGAUCUAGAAGAUGAUGAGUAUAACAAAGUUGCAAAGGAGCCAACAGAAAGAGAGACGUUGGACGGGACAGAAAAAGAAUCAGACACUGUUCAAAUGGCUCAUGAUGAUAAUAACAAUCCUGGGGAUCAAUCAUCCAAAGAUUACCUUAAGUUGGGGGGUGGGUUUUGUUUGGAGGAAGAAGCUGAUGAUACAAACCCAGAAUCUGGGGAUGAUGACACAAAUAGACUGGAGAACUCUGGUUUUUCCCACCAGGCUCAUAAUGAAGACGAAGAUAUUGAAAUAGGUCUAAUAGAUCAAUCGGUUGCCAGCAGAUCAAGGGAAGAAGAGAUAAUGAUGCGUGCUUCGGAAACUGAGAAUGAAGAUGGCCUUGUGGCAGUAAAUUCUCAGGAAAUCAGUAUGGAAGAUGCUUUAACAUCUGGUGGGUCUGUAAGAUCUCUUCGUGCAAUGCCGAACUUAAGAAGGAAAAGAAAGAAGGUUUGAUGUUCUUCCUUCCGCCGUUUUUUAUAUACGUAUAAAUGUUGAUUUAUGAUUGUUUUGGUGGUUAUUACUUGCAGUUUGAUGUUCUGAUAUUGAGUCGGGAAUUAUUGAAAAAUGUUUUUUUUGUUGCUUCUCUGUUUUUUCCUAUUUGGUGUAGAGAGUAAUACUGCAGAUCUUUUUUUUCGGAGCUUAUUCUUAUGGAUGAAAAGAACCAGAAAUCAAUGAACACAUGCACAAACAGUCUAGCAUUAGGAACACAUGCAUGUGUGACAUUUAUUUUAUUAAAUGUGCAAUGAAAUAAAUUAAUUAAUCUUUG